UGUAGCCCCAUUGCGCAAAACGAGUCUCUGCAAGAGAUCAAUUUUCUCAUUCGCCGCUGCUCAUGAAGAACCGAUUUCAGACAUCAAAGGGGAGUACAGGAACGAUGAUCAUGAAAAGGCUGCUGAUGAAUUACAAGAAGCAUGGAGACGUGCUCUUGAUUUGUUCAAUGAACAAGCCAUAAAGAUGAAAAGCAUUUCAAAAGAAGCAUAUGAUGUGUACUCUACUAAAGCUGCUGUUAUUCUGGAAGAGACUUCUGAGAAACUGAAGAUUCAAGCUGAGAAGGCAAGGCAUGAUUUAAGUGUGACCGCAAAGGAAAUCAGCGAGGGAAGUAAAGAAUAUUUAGCCAUUGCUGCUGAGAAAUCUCCCGAACCAGUAAAGGACAUUAUGGAAACAUUUGCUUCCUCAACUGACGAAUUGAAUGACAUAUCCAAUGUGCUAGACUUUUACCUUGGAAUUCCAUACGGCGCUCUUCUCUCUGUUGGUGGCUUUAUGUUAUUCAUGCUAACUGGUAGUAUCCCUGCCAUUAGGUUUGGACUUAUUCUUGGUGGGGCCCUUUUGGCUUUUAGCAUCUCUAGUCUAAGAUCAUGGAGGAAAGGAGAGUCAGCUUCUCUAGCCUUAAAAGGGCAGUCAGGAAUUGCUACCAUCUUAUUUCUCAGACAGUUCAGAUUGCUGCUUCAGAGAUCAAGCAUUGGAAACUUUUUUAUGUUCCUUAUCAGUGGUUCAAUGGCAGCAUUCUUUGCUUACAGAAUUAUAAGAGGUGGUGAGCACACCAAGGGUUUGGCGGAAAGUCAGUGAGAUGAAUGUAAGUAGUUGCUGGUCCUAAGUUGUAGAGCAGAGUGUGCGCUGUGUGCAAAUGUUCUCAAGCAAUGACCAAAAUCUUAAACAUCAGUUAUUUCCCAUCACCCAAGAAAGGAAUCAGUGUGCUGCUGCUUUGCGUCAAGGUUCCAAUGGAUGCAAACAUUGGUUCAUGACGCAAGUCUGUCCAUUAGGAAAACUCCCCCACCAUGAAAUUUUGAGUCAGAAGUGGCAUGUGUAGCACACAUGUGCUCUCUUGAAAAUGUGAUAUUAGAAUUGGUCAAUAUUUUCACCGUGCAGGCAAGUUUAGCAGGGAUGUUACUUGUUAGUAUACUUGAAUGUUUGUAUUUCGUAAUGAUUUUGGUUUUUGAAGAAUGCUUUUUGAGUUUUUCAGAAAUUCAAGCUUUUAUGUUGUUUUUCA